AUGUCAGCGACCGCAAGUUCGGGGGCAACUGCAGCGAUCGCAAACCCCUCGGCCUCGCAUGCCGAAAAAAACGCGAGCGCGAGCUCGACCGGGGAUGCGGCCGCCCUGAAGGCGCGUAGUUGCGUUGUAUGCCGGACCCGCAAGGUCCGCUGUGACAAACAGUCACCAUGUUCAAAUUGCCGCCGCGCGAAUAUAGUGUGCGUCGUUCCUUCCAAAGAUCGACCCCCGAGAUGGACCCGUCGUCUCGAGCGUCCCGCAACUGGCGAGGUUAUGGAAAGAAUUCGGCACCUCGAGAACCUGGUCAAAGAUUUGAGUGGUCAGCUUGAGCAGGCAAUUGCAGCGGUCAGAUCGGCUGCUAACAGCUCAUCUGGAAUUGACUCUCCCGAAAGUUUGAGGCAUGAUGCGAGCAAUUCGAUCGAUGCAAGCAGCGCGCAGAAGCUUGGAAGGCUGGUUGCCCACGAUGCUAAUAGAAGUCGCUAUGUGGGGAACAGCUUCUGGUCCCGGGUGAAUGACGAGCUGGAGGAGCUGAAGAUGGACGCUGCUGCCGAAGAAUCCGAUAUGUCUGAUGAACCGCUCUCAUAUGAGGACACACCAUCAACUCAAGAACUCGACCGGACUCCGUCAGAACGCCAUGCAUUUCUAUUCAAACAUAACCUGGCCCUUUCUUUUCUCAACUCCGCUGCUCCAGAUCUCCGCGAUUUUCAUCCACUGCCGUCACAGAUCCCCUUCCUCUUAAACGUAUACUCUGAAAAUGUCAACUGUCUCGGCCAACUUAUUCAUAUGCCCACCAUCACAAAGAUGGUGCGCGACUUGCGUGGCGAUGUAACGAAACUUACACCGGCGAACGAAGCCUUGAUGUUUUCUAUCUACUACGCCGCAAUCACAUCUAUGGAAGAGGACGACGUCAACAUCAAUUUUGGAUCUACCAAAGCUGAGCUGAACCUCAAAUACCGCCUCGGCCUGGAGCAUGCCCUUCCCAAGGCCGAUUUCUUGAAUGUGCCCGAUCUUGUUCUGAUCCAGGCAUUUACCAUAUUCCUAACCCUCCUCCGCCGCCACGAUAGUCCACGCUUUGUCUGGAUGAUGGCAGGGCUGGUCAUCAGAAUGGCUCUCGCUUUGGGACUACACCGCGAUGGUACCAACUUCGAGCACCUAACGCCCUUUGAGAUUGAGAUGCGGCGCCGGGCUUGGUGGAUCAUAUGCGCAAUGGAUGUGAGAGCAUCCGAAGACCAGGGUACAGAGUUCACCAUAACCACAGGGAGCUUCGACACCAAGAUCCCUCUCAACAUCGACGAUGCAGAUAUCGGGCCCGACUCCAAGGAGAUGCCACCAGCGCGCGAAGGCUUGACUGACAUGUCUUUUGCACGAGUCAUGUACAGAAUGACGGAAGUGGCCAAGCACAUUAUGGCUCACGGGGCACUAAAACCCAGCCUCGAAGAGCAGAGUCAACUUCUACAAGAAAUCUAUGGAACUCUGGAACGAGAGUAUCUGCAGUAUUCGACCGAGUCAAACAUCAUAUAUUGGGUUGCAGUGACGAUUGCACGUCUCGUCAUGGCCAAGACGACUUUGUUCAUCUAUCUGCCUAUUCUGUACGGUUCACCUCAUGAUACCCUAUCGGAAGAGCUCAGAACCAAGCUGCUCAUUGCAGCAAUCGAGGUGGCCGAAUACAAUCAUGCCUUGAACGCCGAGCAGGCAUGCCGACACUGGCGCUGGGUCUUCCAGACCUACACGCACUGGCAUGCUAUCGUCUACAUUUUGAUUGAGAUUUCCCGGCGACCCUGGUCGCCUCUUGUUGAGAGAGCAUGGGUGGCAUUGCACAGCGUCUGGUUGAUACCCAGCCAAUCGCAUAUGGGCAAGCAUCUGCGGAUUUGGUUCCCCUUGCAAAAACUGAUGUCCAAGGCCAAAAGGCACCGGGAUACCGAGCUUGAGAGACUACGCGGUGACCCAGAAAGUGUCGCGCGGUUGGGGUCUGAGCAUCGUACAAUGGAACUGCCAUCUAGCCCAAUAAUACCGUCAAGUUCUGGGUCGACUGCGGCUGGGAUGACUUCGGCCGAACUGUCCCUAGAAAGAUGGCAACAGCUCGUGACUUCUCCAAUGGUGUCUACGACACAGGUAUCUGAUUACACUAUGCCAGAUUUUUCCAGCCCGUCAAUGCCUCCUUCAGGCUCCGGUUCCAGUGAUGCUAAUUUCAACUCGCUGUACGCCUUUGACCCUCCUUACACUGGCACGGCGGCUCAGUCUGAUCAGAAUUUGUUGAGCGCCAACUUCCAAUAUACGCAGCCACCUAUGACGGCGAGCCCGACGAGUUCGCAGAAAACCCCUUCCUGGCUCUGGUCUGAUGCUGCUUUUGAAGAUACGACUGACGAAACGGUUGAUAUCAAUAUGGAUUUUGAUGUUGAUGUUGAUUGGUAUAAUUGGAUCGAGUCUGCCAAGGGGGCAGAAAUCAAUGAACUUGGUAGUUAA